AAAAGCUUCAAUGCCACAAACAUUUUAGUUCGAAUUUGAAAAUUAACUUUUUUUGCUGUAAAUUUUUCGUUAAAAAUGAGCGCUCCUACUAAAUCCCCUCCAUGUAAACUACCGUGCGACGAACCGGAACCCUGCGAAAAAUUCAAAAAGAGCUGCUGCAGUCAAAAAUGCAACCCGGUGUAUUUGAGAGAAAUGCCGGCUCGGACGGUAACGAAGGCGAAAUGCAGCGAACUGGUGCUGACAAAUCAGCAGUUGGGUCAAUAUAUGAAGAAUUUCCUCGAUGCCGUAAGGACGGGUUUGAAGAAAGCGAACCAUCAAAACGCUAUUGUAAAAUGUUUCCCUACGUACGUGCAGAACCUGCCUACGGGCCAGGAAGAGGGAAAAUAUCUAGCCCUUGAUCUUGGAGGAACCAACUUUAGAGUCCUCAUGAUUACACUUGACCCGAAUGCCGAAGAACCAGAACCAGACCCAGAUGCCGAAGAGGAAGCAGAACCUGAAGGAGGGAAAUUACAAGUUGUAAGCGAGACCUACGAAAUUCCGGAGGAACUUAUGACUGGCCCUGGAGAAGAUCUGUUUGACUUCUUUGCCGAGAAACUUUCUGAAUUUUGUGGUGCUCAGGGUGUAAUGGAAGACGAGCUACCUUUAGGUUUCACAUUUAGUUUCCCUUUAACGCAAAUUGGCCUGAAAAAAGGACAUCUCGAAAGGUGGACCAAAGGAUUUAAUUGUUCUGGAGUUAUAGGCCAAGAUGUUGUUAAACUAUUAGAACAAGCCAUCGAAAAACGAGAAGAUGUAAAAGUUAAGAUAGUAGCCGUUUGCAACGAUACUACCGGAACCCUUAUAACAUGUGCCUAUAAGGAUCAGACUUGCAAAAUUGGACUCAUUGUGGGUACAGGCACCAAUUGUUGUUACGUAGAAAAGCAAGAUUGGGUUGAGUUAUUCGAUGCACAGGAUACAGGUUCCGGAAUUGUAAUAAUUAAUUUAGAAUCCGGAGCGUUCGGUGAUGACGGCGCUUUAGAUUUUUGUAGAACGAAAUACGACAUUGAUGUUGACAAGGACUCGAUUAAUCCUGGUAAACAAGCCCACGAAAAAAUGAUAUCCGGCAUGUAUUUAGGCGAACUCGUGCGAUUAGCCGUUGUACAACUAACUGAAGACGGUAUUAUGUUUAACGGGAAAUUAACAGAGGAAUUUAAAACCAAAGGUUCUUUCGAAACGUCAUUCGUCUCCGAAAUUGAAUCCGACGAUCCUUGUAAGUACGAUAACGCUGAAAGAAUCUGUAAAGAAUUAGGCGUCGAUUGGGGCACCGAGGAAGAUUACCAAGACCUCCGCUACGUGUGUUGUUGUUUUUCGAGAAGAGCCGCCUUCAUGGUGGCUUCCUCGAUGGCCGUGCUGAUCAGAAAAAUGGGCUAUCCGAUGGUAACAAUCGGCGUCGAUGGAUCCUUGUUCAAAUUGCACCCGCACUUUCGAAAUACGUGCGAACACAAACUGCGCGAAAUCCUCAUUCCAGAUUCUUAUAAAUUCCAAUUUAUGGAAACAGCGGACGGCAGCGGCAUCGGGGCUGCUCUUAUAGCAGCCGUUAGCGCUAAUGAUGAAGAAGAAGGUGGUGACGGGGAUGCGGAAGCAUGAGAUACUUACAAUUAAAUAAAAAAUGUGAAUGAAAUAAAAUGUAACCGUUCGAAUACUAAAUUCCGAGCUAAAUUCUAUCAACAAAAUGUAAUGAAUAGUUGGCAAAAUAUAAUGAAAGUUUG